CAUUUGAUACAGGUGGCGUACUUUACAGCACUAUUCCCCUAUGUCGUUUUGUUCACUCUGUUGGGCCGGGGGGCAUCACUGCCUGGUGCUGUGGAUGGCAUUCUGUACUUCAUUACUCCACAGUGGCACAAGUUACUUGACCCCAAUGUGUGGUACGCUGCUGUGGCUCAGUCCUUCUUCAGUCUGUCUGUCGGCUUUGGAGCUAUCAUCAACUUAGCUUCUUUCAAUUCAUUUAAGCAUAAUGUGUACAGGGAUGCAUGGAUCAUCAGUCUGGCAGACACAUUGACAUCAUUACUAGCUGGUUUCACCAUUUUCGCCAUUCUGGGGAAUUUGGCAUAUGAACUGGACACUGAUGUGGAGAAUGUGGUGCGUGGUGGCUCAGGCUUGGCCUUCGUAUCUUACCCAGAUGCCCUCGCUAAGUUCACUUGGGCACCACAGCUGUUUGCUGUGUUGUUCUUCUUGAUGUUGUUCACCUUGGGUGUUGGAUCAGCAGCAGGACUCACAAGCAACAUCAUCACCAUCAUCUGCGAACAGUUCCCCUCCUUAAAUAAAGCCUAUGCCACCAUCGCCAUCUGCAUCACUGGCUUCCUUGUGGGCCUCAUCUACAUCACACCAGGUGGCCAAUGGAUUCUGGAUCUAGUGGACUUCUUCGGUGGUGGCUUUAUCAUCUAUAUCCUUGUCAUUGUCGAGACCGUGGCCAUUAACUACAUAUAUGGUACAAAACGCUUCCUGAGUGACCUGAACUUCAUGCUCAACAUUGAACUGGGACUAUACUGGAAGUUCUGCUGGGCAUUCAUCAUCCCUGUGGGUUUGACUGCCAUCCUAAUCUACAGUCUGGUUGACUUCACCCUUCCUACAUUCGAGAAUAAACCCUACCCAGACUCAGCCUAUUUAUGUGGGUGGCUCCUGGCAGUAGCAUCUCUAGGUAUGGUGCCCCUAUGUUUCUUCCAUGCAGUGUACAAUAAUGGCAAGAGCACUUUUUCUGAGAAAGUGAAGAAUGUGUUCCAGCCCAAAGAUACAUGGGGACCCAAAAAGAGGGUAAAUAGAGAAGAAUGGAAGAAACUGUCUCAGUAAGUAAAGGGAAUAGCCAAGAAAACCUUAGAAAAACUAAACAAUCACUGGAGGUGAUGUAUGUCCGACUGUCCGUGCAUUUCCAGAGUUGAGCAGUGACCAUAAUUCUUGCAAAUAUACAGUAUACUGUACAUAGAAAAUGGUGGUUUUCAAUUUAGUAUAACAAUCAUUUGUGUUAGUUAAGUUGUAUGUCACAUGUUUCGAUUUAUUGUAUUUGUUCUUUAGUUACAAAUUGGAAACUACCUGUAAAGUACAGCAGAAAGACAGUGGUGACCCAUGUGCCAUCAUCUUCAUAUUGAUAAAUAUAGUGUAAGAUUCACUUUUUACCAAUGCUUUUUUAUGAUUCACUUGUGACAAAGUUAUUGACACAGUUAUUUUCUAUGUUUGUAUUAUAAAAUAGAUGAAGGGG